CAUCUCCACCUCCCUUCUAAAUCAACAAGCCCCUCGACGAGACAUAGACCAGUCGACCACAUCUUCGGCACCUCUAUUCUAGAACUGCAGCUUGUCCCGCAAACCAGAAGUCACCGCCGCCAUGUCUGAACGAAAAGUCCUUACGAAGUACUACCCACCGGACUUUGAUCCCUCAAAGAUCGUACGGUCGCGCGCCCCGAAGCAGGCAGGUCCCAAAGUCCAAACCGUUCGCUUGAUGGCGCCAUUUCCCAUGAAGUGUACAGCAUGCGGUGAAUAUAUCUACAAGGGAAGGAAGUUCAACGCUCGGAAAGAGACCACGGAAGAGAAAUACUACUCGAUUCCCAUCUACCGAUUCUAUAUCCGAUGCACACGAUGUUCGGGAGAAAUUACCUUCAAAACGGACCCGAAGAAUAUGGACUACGAGUGUGAGAGAGGUGCGAAGAGGAACACCGAGCCCUGGCGAAUGAAUGGUGGCGGCAAGCAGGAGAGUGACGAGGAGAGAUUGGACCGUUUAGAGAGGGAGGAGGAAGAAAAGAAUGCCAUGCAAGAGUUAGAGACCAAGACCCUGGAUGCAAAGAGGGAGAUGGCUGUCGCAGAUGCCUUGGAUGAGAUACGGACAAGAAAUGCUAGAAACGAGAGGAUGGGAAAAGAUGGCUUGGAGGUGACAGUCGCGAGGGAGAGCAUCGACGAGGAGAAGCGGAGACAAGACCAGGAAGACGAAGAUGCUGCCCGAAAAGCCUUUAUGAGGCGGCACGAGGCAUUGGAGGAGGUUAUAGAGGAUAAUGAUGACGAUGGAGGAGAAGGUUCUGCGGCUCCCUUUACGAAAGAACAGGCGUUGGAAAUGCCACCUCCACCUGCACCGGCUCCUGCCUUCAAACGGGUAGUCAAAAAGAAGAAAGAUUACGCAGGGGCUUUGGGGAUCAAGAAGAAACCGUCUUUGGUUUGAUGGACUUUGCGCAGCGAGGCGUAACUGGCUGACAAUCAAUCAAUAGAUUUCAAGCAAAUCACCAAUUCAAGGAAUACGACUUGGCAAGUGACUCAUGACGGGGAAAUGAUUGCCUGCCUUCUCUCCGCGAUACCGCCUUCCCACAUCCUGGCAAAGUUCCCACCGACUUCGUACGCUGACUUGCCGACUUUUCCUCCCCCCCCCAGUUCAUAUUUUGCAAUAUAUAUUUUC